CUCAAACAGGGUGGGAGUGUCAGUUUGUUACCUAGUAAGAGAACCCGAGGAACAGCAGGUUUUGAAACUGCGGCUCCUUCAGUUUUGUUGAUUUCGAGCACACUAAUUUCGCGCCAGCUUUUGAUUUUUUGUGUCUGAUUUGCAAAGUCGUGGCAUAUCUUCCCUUGCUCGUCGAGCGUUACCCGUAGUACAUCCUGAACCUAGUUCCCUGACUUGCGCCAAAAAUGCCGUGCUCCAAGAGUUCACGUCGACUGGUUUCCUUGCUUUCCUCCCCUGCGCUGUCUAUCGCGUUCCACAUCUUCGCGUGUUGGAGUUUUUCUUCGGAAAGAUGCCACGUCGCUGCAUCUCUAGGCGCUCAGCGCUCCGCCUGGUCGGCGAUCCGACGGGCGAGUUUGUUGAAAAGACCCGACGAGAAGAAGUUGGCAGUUUCCCUUCGACGAGCCACGGGUUGUGCAACUACUCAUCGAGGCAGCAAAUCUAUUCUAGGCCAUGCAGCUACAACGGUGAAUCGUAACCACCGAGGGGUCUUUGACAUCGGACAGUUCCCUCACAGGACCAUUUUUGGCGAGCCCGUGCGGGGCUGGACGUGCUACUACGACACUGAAGGACCCGAUGUGCAAGUUGGUGGCGCGCCGUGCCCGCCGACGAGCGUCCGUGUGUUCACCGUGAGCAACGAGCCCCCCUUGGAGAGCUCGUACACCUCGGCAGGUCUAGAAGAAGACCGGGACUCAAAGUUGAAACUGCGUGACAGCAACGAAGUAACGCUCCGCGAACAAGGUGAAACACCUACUACACAAGUGGAGCAACAAGCCGGCGAAAUAAACUCCGAAAAUUCCUCUGUACUCCCUUUCCUCAAGAGAUUCGAGCAACUGCGUCGAGAGUACACAACUGAAGUAGACGAGCGCAAGAGGGCCGCGAGAAAAAUGGCGAGGAGCAACCAGGUCCAGGAGCAUGCAGCCAGGUCCUCUCCUGGGGGUGCGGUGAAAAGAAAACGCUUCCAAGGUACAAGUCCAGAUUAUGAGCAGGAGAAAGUCCUCGUAGAAUCUCCCCGGAUCCGCGAUACCGCACAGCGCUGGUGGCUUUCGCACGUGCGGGAUGAGUUUCGGAAGAUGGAUAGAAAUGGUUCGACUGGUGGUCGAGAAGGACCACAUCACCCGGAAAAUAGAAGGACGAUAACAAGCGAAGAAGAUAACAGAGCUUCUAGUACUCUCGAACAUAUGGUCGCAAAGUCCCAGGCUCUAUUCACGGAUCACCAUGUUGCAAGAGUGAAAAAGCUGAUGGACGAUCGGGAACUCGCGCCAAAAGCCGAACUCUCGCUCCGAGCCGCGCUGAUAUCAAAAGGAAAAAUCCCCCCUCCCCAUAUCAAAACGGAAUUUCUGAUGCUGGAUUUGUGUACACAAAUCAGCUUUGUAUUGCAGGAAGGCAAUGCGGCCAGAUCCCCAGGCUAGGCAGGGGCGUAUGGGUCUAGUUGUUCAGCAUGGCAAACGGGUCCCCUUUAGGCCCAACAGCAUGACAAAUCGCGCCCACAAUGGGGCGAAAGCUUCUGCGUUUGUCUUCUUGCAAGACAGAUGUGAUUUGUGACCUCAAAUCCGCAACACAAAUUUCUGAAAACAUAACUUUGCAAUAUGGGGAGGGGAGAUUUUUCAUUUUGCUAACUGACGCUGUUUCACUGGUGCACGCUGCUACCGGCGCCGUUCAGCACCGGGGCAUUAGAGAUGUUGAGGAAGGACCGAGCUGGAAGUCGUGCUAAUGGAAGCGGUCGUGUACAACAUCAACAACCUCAGCACGCAGAGGUGGAAACGGACAUGGUUUCGGCAGAGAAGCUGAUGUCGGUCGCUGAGCACUCGCUGUGGCUCGCGGAGUUUUGGCGGGAGCAGGCGGAGAACAAAUAUCCAGUGCAAAAGUACCGUACUCGUGCUAACUGCAGUAAUGGCGCAUGACAAAUCUCAUUUUCUACCUGUUGUAGCAUCACAAAUUUCAUUUCUCAAGAACCUCAGAAAAUUUGUAAUGCGAUUGCUAUUUCGUACGAAUAGCGCGAUACUUUUGCAAUACAUAACAAAGAGUACAUUGCAAAACUGUCGCCCGCGGAACAGGACGAACUAACCGUGCUCACGUUGUUCCAUGACGUUUUUUAUUUCGCCGAUUUCCCCAAUCACGACUGGAAGGGCGUCAUGCUGAUUCUCGGUCAGUUCUCGGACGACGUGUUGAAGCGGGUGGAAGGACGAGGUGUGGAUCAGGAUAGGGUUGUUCGAGGAAUGAAGAUGGCAGCGAGCGCGGGGGUAAGAUCCAGCAUAACCAUUCCUGAAAACGAAUCGCAUGAAGGUUUUGGCCUCAGUGGUUUCUUUCCACCAGAGCCGUUCCCGGAGGACGGAAGCUUGACCGCUGCUGGCUACCGACACCAACAGGAGAUUGUCAGGACCCUCCGAAACGGGCACGUCGGCAAGGCGCCACUAGAGGCAGCCUCGUACCUGAUCGGCGCCACGCCGGCGAUCAAGCAGGCCAUCAAAGUGGAUGCGGACGGGAGUGGAGCAAGUAAAGAAGCCGAUGCGCAACUACAAGUAGAUCGCGGCAGAAGAGAUGGAAGACAAGCUGUGCCUUCAGACCUUACAUUCAACUCGAAAGAUGAGCGGAGCGCUAAACGGGAAUGGUCGUCUUCUGUUUCGCGAAAUAAAUCUUUCUUCGCGCCGACACCCUCAACACCUUCACUCUCCUCCCCGUUCGCUGUUGCCCGGGUCCUGGAGCGCGCCAUGUCGUUGUCCCGAAGCGAAACCGAAGCGGCCUGGUUGAACCAAAAAAACGAUCGGCCCGCGGUGUCCGGGAUUGCCGGACUGGUGUCCAGCCACGUACUGUUCAGCAAGGAUGAGGAUGCGGACCUGUCGCGCGCGUUUUUCUACUACGACUGUCUCUUCGUGGACAAAACAGAGAAAUGCAAGGCCAACAUCGGUUUGGCUGAUGCGAGCGAGGAAGCGAAAACAUGGAACAAGGUGUUUUCCUUUGCAACAUCCUCGCAGCAAGAGGAUAGACAAACUUUCAUUUUUCCGGAGCCUCGUCUCGACGCCUUUCACUCCGCCCUAGCGCGCUUCUUCAUCCGCCAGAGCGUGCAGAAGAGGCAGAGAGGAAGAAGGACAGGUUGGAGUGACGCAGACGCAGCGAUUACUAGCACUCUGUUUACCAGCGAAAGAGAGGUACUGGAAAAGACCGCAGCGGACGCGGCCGGGGGGUGUUGUACCAGCGGCAUAGGUGAUGCCAGUUCUUGCAGUAGUUCAACUGCAGCUGUUGAAUCUUCUGCGGUUCCUACACAACUUCCAAGUAUAACUUCUAGGACGAGAGCAGCGUCGCUCGCCUCCGUCAACGAUUUGAGCAUGUUCUCGACCGCCCUAUCAAGUACGUCGCUUUCAUCAACUUUCUCCAAGAACAGCAACAGGGAGAAAGUUUCGAACGACAAGUCCUCUAUCGGCAGUAGUAAGAAGAGCACGGAGGUUCUGAACAGUAUCGAGGACUUUCUCGACGACCCGGUGUGGGCGGCUCCGUCUAUGUGGAUCGAACGGGUACCGAUUUUACUGGCGAACAAACUUGCGCUGUGGCGGUCCGUGGCAGCCUUUGACUUCGACGAAGUGCGACAGGAGAUUUCCAACGGAGGACCGGAACUGCUAGAUAAGCUUGCGAAUGAUCAGGACGGGACGAUGAAGAAGACCAAAGCUAUCGUGGGGGAGAUAGGGUAAGUAGAAGAUAGAUUUGACAGGCUUUUUUCGUCUUUGCGCUGAUCAUUGUCUUGGCUCUUUGGGUUUGAAAGUCGACAUGUUUAGAGGUCGACACUGAAUUUUUUUACACGAGAUGAAACUUUUACGAUCUCACAGGAUGUUCCCGCUGCUCGCGUUCUCCAAGGACCGGGUUGUAGCAAACGCCUCACCUGCACCCUGUACCGAAAACACCUGCAAUGACUUGCCCCUCCGGAUCAUCGGCACAACCUUCAUCCAGCAGUUGGACCACUACUUCGUUGGCAAACGCGACGAUUUGUACAAUUAUUCCGCGAAGAUGAACCAUGACAAGCAGAGCCCGAAGAGGUUUGGCAUUCUCUCCCACGGCAGUUGCGACAGUUUUCUGUUAAACGAGAUGCUCGACGCAGCGGACGGACACCGCAUCAUCGACCGGAAGACAAGCAACGGGGAUCCCAACCUCAUCGUCCCCCUUGGCGAUGCGUACGGAAAGGCGAACGUUUUACUCCCGUCCGAAUUGCAUGAGGGGGACCCGGCGGUGGAUGCGUGUUUUUUGACCGAGCCGCAGCUCUCACUCGCGUUGCAGAGGACCAACGAUUGCAGAAUUCUAAAGCGUCUGGGGGACGAUUACCCGGUAUUUCAGUGGGGCGCGAUCGUCGCGAGGAGCGACGUGUUGCAAACGAAAGAAGGGCGGGAUGUCGUGAAGCGGUUGCUGAAAGUCUACAAAGCCGCGGUGGAGAUCAUGGAUCAAGCGGUGCGGACUUGGAUAGAAAUCGAGGACUACCAAACGAGGUUCCGAGACUACAAUAACUACAAUAGCAACCGGAAAAGUUCGUUUUCCUCUGAGGAAGACGAUAAUCUGGUUCGGUUACGAAGCAAAUCCACGGCCGCGUUGCUUCUGCGGCUCGGGCCGGAAGUUUUCGGCGUGCCGCCGGAAGUUAUGAAGGAAGCUCUGAUCCGGACCAGCGGAAUACGCAGGAGCGGAAGAAUUAUUAUGCGGGACUUCGCCUUCUCGUCGUCGAAAGAGGGACAUCAAAAAGUCGCGCACGAAGAAGUCUCUAGAGAAGGUGACACGUGGCAGAAAAACCCGGCUGCAUUCAGUUUGGACGGCGCGGUGGAGUGCCUGCGGCUGGUGGAAAAGGUUUCUGCUGGUUGUGCUCAGUCAGAAGCGUUUGAAUCUGUGAAGCAACGAGACGAAAAGCGUAGGUCUUUUGUGUGCAGUCUUCUAGAUAGAAACUUUAUCAAAGAUGCUGGGGCCUCCGCGAAUCUAUGAUUGCGGAAGUCCUAGUUGAGCUAGUCAUUGCAUAAUUUUGAGACAAAUCAGCUUUUUGGUAGUAAUAAUGAACGUUUCCCUGUCGUUUGAAAAAUGUAAGUACAGUAGAAUUAUGAUUAUCUUGAGAAAAAUACCAAUACUGUUUUUCCUUUGAAUUGUGCUCGACACAAAUUUGAAGUUCUGGCUUUUUGUUUCGCAUUGCAUCUUCCUCGCAUGUCACCGCACACAUACUUAAUGCACUCUAUGAUUUUCAAAAAUGUAACACGUUGACUUAUCUAUUUCUUUCGCCUAUGAUGAAUUCGAGAAUACAGAUGUGAAUCGCUUACCUAUGCAUCGAGCUAGUGCAGCUCCAGCUACAGGAGCAAAAUGAAGAACGUAAAGAACAACAAUCCAGCAGCACCACUUUCAAUUUUAUUCGCCGAUUUGUUCUGGGAAAAUAUUCACAACGUUGAUCUACC